UUCUUACCUUCUUUUGGAUGAAAUUCAUUGCUGUUGCAUGCCCUUUAUAUAUUUGAAUUAUCUGGAGAUAAAGUGACCAUGCUGGGAAAUGAUCAAGGAAUCAGGAACUGUAAUGUGUGCUGCCUCAGUGUUCAACAGGCAAAUCCUACAGUCAAUUCAACCACUGGUCAAGAUAGUGAAGAUCAACAGGUUGAUUUUUGGGACUUAAGAGAUGCUGUGUUUCCCACUGUGUUGAUGGAUGGGCUGAAUGACUUACGCACAUCUGGUCUGCUCUGUGAUGUUGUGCUUGUUACAGGAGAUUCAGAACAUUCAGCUCAACGAGUUGUCCUUGCAGCAGUCUCACCAUACUUUCGAGCAAUGUUUUCUGGAACUGGGAAUGGACUCAGAUUCCUAGAAAGUGAGCAGAGCAAAAUAACUCUCCAUGAUAUUGAUUCAGCCAUUCUAGAGCAAAUUUUGAACUUCAUUUACACAGCUGAAAUUCAGAUAACUGAGAAAAAUGUAAGUGAUUUUCUUGUCGCUGCCGAUUUCCUGCAAAUAAAUUCUCUUCAAAAUCUGUGCUGUCAAUACUUGCGUUCACAAAUGAAUGCUUCCAACUGCAUUGGCAUUUACCUGAGUGCCAAAUCACGUAACUGUAAGGAGCUGGCUGCCAACGCUAAACGGUAUACUUUAGAACAUUUCCGUCACGUCGUUAAGGAAGAAGAACUUCUCCAGCUACCGUUCAAUGAGCUGAAAGGAAUUUUACAGUCUCCUCUACUCAACACUGCAGGGGAAGGAGAGCUUUUGGAGACGGUGAUGAAAUGGGUAGAACACCAACCUGGCGAUAGACUUCAGUUUCUCUCCUCCCUCGUGUCAGAAAUUGAUGUUUGGCAAGUGCCAGCGGAGAAAUUACUCGUAGUUGUAAAUUCAGACCUUCUGCUAAGGCGGCUACGAGACUCGGGUUUUACAUCUGAAGCACAGUUUAGUGAGACCGCCAUCCUGGGGGGCGAUUUCAAAAUGGCUGUUGACAAAAUACUCUCACAGCGCUGCGACAGCCCUUGUUCAAAAACUCAGCCACAUCACAUCACCCAUUCGAAGAAAAUUCGGCAUUCUUACGAACAAGAAGUGAUCGUGGCUUUGGGAGGAGAGUCUAACGGCUUUGUUCUGAACUCGAUGGAAUGCUAUACGUUAGGAUACGAUGGAUGGCGAUGUUCCAUUCCAACAGCAGUAGCACUUUCUGGAAUUCCCAAUCCAACGCAAGUAAUGCCCCCCAUGCGAACUCAGAGAAUUUUUCCUGCUUUCUGCAGUGCUGACUAUACAAUAUUUAUUAUUGGUGGAAUUUGUGGAGAAAAGCUGAUCGAUUCUUGCGAGUUCUACAGCGUCCAGUCGAACGAGUGGAUCUCUCUCGCCCCUUUACCUAUUGGCAUUCACGGGAGCGGAGCUGCUCUUCCUAAUCAAGUUCUAUGCGUAUCUGGGGGCCGUAGCGAUCAAGGCAUUGAAAAGCGAGCCUGGAUGUACGAGGAACGUUUUAACAUGUGGGAAGCACUUCCUUCAAUGCAACUACAUCGCGCACACCAUGGUGUUACGUCCCUUAAUUGUUUACUGUAUGCAGUCGGCGGACUUGGUGGAAAACAGCAAAAUGAAGAAAAAUUUCUUUCCUCAGUUGAGUGUUACGAUCCAGCUCUGCAACGUUGGAUCCCUAUCGCACCUAUGCACGAAGCACGAGCAUAUUGUGGAGUUGCUACUGUUGGCUCCUUCCUUUACGUUAUAGGGGGGUUCAACGGAGUCUCUUGGUUACGCUCGAUGGAGCGCUACGAUCCGCUAACCAAUCAGUGGACUUUGCUGACUCCAAUGAGCGUUGCGCGUAGUUCAUUUGGAACAACUGUUUGGAACGGCAGGAUCUACGUCAUCGGCGGUAGCGACGGCAUCCACCUCCUCAAUACGGCCGAGAAAUUCAAUCCGCGGACUAAUCGCUGGCAUUGCGCCCAGGCAAUGCAAGUGCGUCGCCUUGGUUUAGGCGCAGCCACUGUAAAGAUACCACUCAAAAUGGAAUAAGCCAAGUAUUUUCUGUACUUCCCGUGUUCAGUGUUCUGUCAACUCUAAUGUCAAGCUAAAUGGUGAUAGCUUUAUGGAAUAAUUAAAUCCGUGUUAAUUAGAAAUAGGUUUGACUCGGUAAAGUCGCCUAUCUAGUCUUUCCUAUGCUAUGUAAAUCACGCUGAAGGUUCGGAAUUUUUGUUCAAGUAUACGCACUUACUGUUCAAGUAAAAAAAAGAUUUAUUUUUUACUCGUUACCUUCAAAUAUUUCAUGUGGGCCGAUAACGUUCCAAAACCAAGAUGAAUUC